CUGGGAGGUGCUUGAGCACUCACAUCCCCAUCUAACCACCCAAUGCAGUAAAAGCACAAGCACACACACUAAUGGAAGCCAGGAGGACACAAUGCAGCACUCUGUGUGACUGGCAGCAGGGGGACCCCAGCAGCAGCACCAUGAGGACAUCGCUCUGAUUGCUGCCAGACACAUGCCCGGAUAACAGGCAGCCAUGCAGUCUGCAGCCUGCUGGGCUCCAUGGAUCUGCUGUGUGAUUGGAUGCGUCUAUGUGGUCCAUGCCAGCAUCCAGCCAGAUACCUGGGUGACAGAGAUGCACAGGAAGAAAGAAAACAGAUUCUCGGGGAGGGAAGACAUAGUCCCCCUGCGUCUGAUCUUCAACAGUGAGCAGGACAACCAGACCGGGCAGAGUGCGCUCAGCACCCGGGUGAGACCGGACAGCUCCCAGGACCAGUCCACCCAUAUCGCACAGGCCAGCUUUCAAAUUGAUGCCUUUGGAACGUCGUUCAUCUUGGAUGUUGAACUGAACCAUGACUUGCUGUCUUCAAGUUACGUGGAAAGACACAUAACAAAUGAGGGAAACGCCGUGGAAGUCAAAGGCGCUGAGCAUUGCUACUACCAGGGACACGUCCGAGGAAAACCCAGGUCAUUCGUGGCCCUGUCAACAUGUCACGGACUUCACGGGAUGUUCUGCGAUGGGAAUCACACGUAUCUCAUCGAGCCCGGAGAGAACUACAACCCAAACGAGGAAUACCACUUACACUCUGUUUACAAAUCAAAAAUACUUGAAUUCCCCCUCGAUGAACUGCCUUCAGAAUUCUGGUCUUUGAAUGAGACAAUUGUAAAGCUUCCAAAGACAAGAAGAUCUCGCAGGAAGAAGAGACAAACUCAGCCGUUAUCUGGCAGUGUCGUGGAUGAGACAAAAUACGUUGAGCUGAUGAUUGUUAAUGAUCACCUGAUGUAUAAAAAGCACCGAUUAUCUGUUGGCCAGACAAACAAUUACGCAAAGUCUGUUGUGAAUUUUGCAGAUAUGCUAUAUAAGGAGCAGCUAAACACGCGGAUUGUGCUGGUCGCCAUGGAAACCUGGGCUGAUAACAGUAGAAUUAGCAUUGAUGGAAAUCCUCUCAAGACGCUAAAAGAGUUUAUGAAAUACAGGAGGGAUUUUAUCAAAGACAAAAGUGAUGCUAUACAUCUCUUCUCGGGGAGUCAAUUUGAAAGCAGCAGAAGUGGAGCAGCAUAUAUUGGUGGAGUAUGUUCACUUCUAAAAGGAGGCGGUGUGAAUGAGUUUGGAAGGGUGGAUGUCCUGGCAAUCACAAUGGUACAAUCCCUGGCUUAUAAUUUGGGCAUUUUUUCUGAUAAGGAGAAGAUGAAGAGAGGGGAAUGUACCUGUGAAGAUAGGUGGCAUGGAUGUAUCAUGGAAGACAUUGGAUACUAUCUUCCCAGCAAGUUUUCCAACUGUGACAUAGAGGAAUAUAAUGAGUUUCUGAAUAGCGGUGGAGGAGCCUGCUUGUUUAAUAAGCCCUCAAAGCUUUUGGAUCCUCCGGAGUGUGGUAACGGCGUUGUGGAAGCUGGUGAAGAAUGUGACUGUGGAACUGUUGAGGAAUGUGCGAAAGAGGGAGAAGAUUGCUGUAAGCACUGCAAGUUAACAGAAGACUCACAGUGCAGCGAUGGUCUGUGUUGUACCAAGUGCCAGCUCAAUCCUAAGGAAAUGUUAUGCCGGGAAGCAGUGAAUGACUGCGACAUCCCAGAAAUGUGUACAGGAAAUUCCAGCCAGUGUCCUCCAAAUAUCCAUAAACUGGAUGGAUACCCAUGUGAGGAUAAGGAGGGCCUUUGCUUUGGUGGAAGGUGUAAAACUAGAGACAGACAGUGCAAGUAUAUCUGGGGUGACAAAGUGGCAGCUGCAGACAGGUAUUGCUAUGAAAAGCUGAACAUCGAAGGCACUGAAAAAGGCAAUUGUGGGAAGAAUAAAGACACCUACAUACAGUGCAGCAAACAGGAUGUCCUUUGUGGUUAUCUGUUGUGUACCGACACUUCGAGUGUGCCAAGGUUGGGUGAGCUGGAAUCUCUUACAUCAGCUUCUUUCACGCAUCAAGGAAAAUUUUUAAACUGCAGUGGUGGCUAUGUGAAACUGGAUGAGGAAACUGAUCUGGGAUACGUGGAAGAUGGCACUCCAUGUGGAGAGGGAAUGAUGUGUCUGGAUCACAGAUGUCUUCCUAUUGAUCCUUUCAACUUCAGCUCAUGCAUGGGCAGCACAAACAAGAUUUGUUCUGGAAAUGGGAUCUGUAGCAGUGAAGUGAAGUGUAUCUGUGAUAAAUUCUAUAUUGGGGAGGACUGCAGCACAUUUUUUCCAUAUAAAAGCACGUCCAAGCCAGAUGUAAUUGAUGAUGGUGUGGUUAGCACAAACAUAAUCAUAGGAGCAAUUGCUGGUACCAUGCUAGUGUUGCUGUUGGUAUUAGGAAUUACAGCUUGGGGUUACAAAAACUAUCGGAGAGAGAGACAAAUACCCCAGGGAGAUUAUGUAAAAAAGGCUGGAGAUGUCGACUCUUUUUAUAGCGACUUGCCUCCUGGAGUCAGCUCCAACUCAGCAUCUAGUUCUAAGAAGAGGUCUGCUAUUCUGUCGCAUUUUCAGAUAUCUGCCUGUUCCAUCCCACAUUAUUCCAUUAGUCAGAACAUUUCAUUGUUUUGCCGAAGAUCGAAUGGUAUGUCUCACUCAUGGAGCGAGAGGAUACCUGACACCAAACAUGUCUCUGAUGUCUGUGAAAAUGGACGACCGAGGAGCAAUUCCUGGCAAGGAAACAUAAGCAGCAGCAGGAAAAAGCUUCGAGGAAAGCGUUUCAGACCCCGCUCCAACUCCACUGAGUAUUUUAACCCCUCCUACAAAAGGAAACAUUAUGUAGCUAUAUGGGUAGAAGAUGUGAAUAAAAACACAGAUGGACCAUACAUUAGAACAUUGUCUCCUGCCAAGUCUCCAUCAUCAUCUACUGGUUCCAUUGCCUCUAGCAGGAAAUACCCGUAUCCCAUGCCACCACUUCCUGACGAGGAGAAGAAGCCCAGCAAACAGAGCACACGGCUCUGGGAAACAUCAAUCUAGGUAAAGCAUCAAUCUUCAUCAUGGGAAAUCGGCUUCAGAUUGCUGGACUGAGAGUCAGUGCUCCCCCAUCAUCCAGCAAUAAAGGACCAGGAAUCAUUGCUGUUUACAGAGACCUCCGCCUUUACAAAGAGGCUCCUGACACUUAUUUACAUUUAUCCCCCUUCCCGAGGACUAAAGGAAGCCCCAAAACUUUUAAGUUUGUAAAAAUCAACCUCAACAGACUCUGCAAAGAGAGAAGUCUUAUGCAUGACUGAAUUUUUAACGUCAGGUAUAAAAUCACUUACUCUGUAGACCAGAAGUCUAAAUUUAUGACAUUAAGCAGCCAUUGUAUAGUGGGAGGUCCAGGCGGCCAUGUUGUUUUCCAUGCACAAGGCCACUGAGGUCAGUUGUGUUGGAUGCAUGCACAUAAAUCACCACUUCAGAAUAGAUACAUUGUAUUGUAACGAAGCAUGGAACCAUAUUUUAUUUUCUAAAAAGCCAAAUUUGAAAAUCUAUUAUUUUGCCUAAAUUAGAUCCUUUAAAGAAGUAGACACAUAUUUUGUACAUAUGUACAUUUUAAACU